AUGAGUUCCUUUACCAAUCUUUUACGACAGAAAGUUCUGUCUAAUGGCUCAAACAUUAACUUGAAGACAAGAAUCCAUACUUAUUUCAAACAAUUAGCAGACGACUACAUCUCAUCUGGUCGUGACACUUUACAACUCAUUCGUCGAAAUCCAUUACGAUCUACUUUCUGGGCUUCAGCUGUCUUUAGUGUAUCAUACAUUACAAGCACUUGUCCUAACAAACAAAAUUAUUAUGCUUCUCUUGUUGAAUCAGCUAUUGAUUUAUGGGAAGUUCCAGAUCUUAUACGCAACUCCAAAAAACAGAUUAGAUAUAGUAACCUUGGAUUAUUUACAGUUAUCUGGCGUGAUGAUCGAACUCAGUCGUGUCAUCAGACCGCAUUCUGGAUUUUGGAUUCAUGGGGAAAUGGUGGUUCAUGUCACAUUACAUGGAAAACUAUGACAUCAAUCCUGACGAAUGGGAAACUCCAAAAGUCUUCCAAGAGUUUACCGGAAAAGAAUUCAACUGAUAACAACUUUAAAAGCAGCGCGGAACAAAGUCAGUCUACUUAUUCAUCAUCUCAUUUAAAACCGUUUGAAGAUCAGAAUUACAAUGAACGGAAUCUUGAAUUACAUUUUAACAAUCCUAACAACCUGAGUGAUGACUGGGAAGUAAUCAAUGAAGAAGUUUUGUAUGUAGACUGCCAAGGUUUACUAGAAGAUGAUAUCUUAACCCCAUCUAGUACCAUUCGUCUUGUGGAUAUAGAAUCAGCUAAACCUCUCAUGCAGGUUGGUCCCGCAGUCUUUGAAGGACAUUUUGAAGAUACAGUUGGAACAUAUUUAUUCUUUGAAAAGGACCUCACUCUCAAUAGCACCCAUAUAGAGGGCGCCUCUACAGCACCAGCGCGCAAAAUUGAUGACCAAAUACAACAUAUAACAAGCUAUGCCGCUAAAUCUUCCAAGUCCCUUACAUUUCAGCGUAUUUUCUUGAAAGCAAAGGAAGAAAAUCACUAG